AUGUUAGCUUUUAAAUUGGUCGGCUUAAUAAUAGUGAUUGAGUUAAUCUGUGUCAUCCAGCAUUCGGAGGGGCAAUAUGAAUCUAGUGAAGAAUUCGAAGAACAAUUAAAUUAUUUCGGUAGUAUAGAAAUACUACACAGUCUUUUACGGGAUUAUGAGUCUGUUCAAAGCAGUUGGAUGAAUCCGGAAUACGAAGAAUAUGAUCGACAAGUUAUAGACUCUUUGGAGGACUAUGUCGCUCAGGUGCAAGAUAAUGAUUCAUAUCGUGAUCCAGUUAGGCCAUCAAGUUCUAUGAAAGUGCUAACGCAUUUUUGUGGUCCUGGAAACUGGUCGGUCAAUGGAGAAGUGACACAAAACCCAUAUUUUAACCAAAUAGAUCAAUGCUGCAAAAAACAUGAUGAAUGUCCGGAUUACAUAGUACAACGAAAGGACUACGAGAGGUAUCCAGCGUUGCCUUAUAAGCCACAAUUUUUUACAAGGUUAAGAUGUAACUGUGAUGCUCAAUUUUUCUCCUGCUUACGAGAUGUGGCAACGUUUUUCUCCUAUGCAGUGGCGUGGAUCUACAGUAAAGCACAAACGCAUUGCUUCGAGUAUGAGUAUCCAGUGACGGAGUGCAGACAGUUUAUAAACGAUGGACUCAUCUCUACACCUCGGUGCAUUGAAUACCUGGUCGAUAAUACCAAUCAAAAGAGCUGGCAAUGGUUCCAUAUACCAUAUCUUACUGCAAAUCUCAUGUGUUUUCCAAAAGUUGUAUACCGAGACCAACAAUGAUAAAUUGUGAAAUUUGUUGAUUGAUUGUCUAACGUAGGCUUAGCUAGAUCGAGCAAAUCAACAAAAAAUAAAAGCAAAUCCUUUGAUGUUAACGGGCACCUAUAUUCUUUUUCUCAGCGCUCUCGUUGUAGAAUCAAAUGUAGAUUUUUUCACAUCAGCUCUACAAAGCGUGGUUUGUGAGUGCGAUCAUCAGUAGUUCGAGUCUAAGCC